CGUCAUAGAACCGACAAAGGCAAUCUGUCCCACUCCUCCUGCAUCAAUGUCACAUUUUACAUCGCUGAUGUCGAUGACAACGCUUGUGUUUCCCACGGAGCAGUCUAUGAGGUCCCUAACUCCAAGAACAACCUUCCCAGGCUCUCCAUCGCUCAAGUCAGUGCUUGGGGCCCUGAUUUGGGACCCAACGGCAAGGUCUUCUAUUCCAUGGUGGCCAUCGUGGCGAGCAACCUGGAACCUAGAACGCUGUCCUACGUGUCCGUGAGCGCACAGAGUGGAGUGGUGGUCGCGCAGCGCGCCUUCCAGUUCACGCUGCAGGCCCGCGACCACCGCUCGCCCGCGCUCAGCGCCAACGUGAGCCUGCGCGUGCUGGUGGGAGACCUCAACGACAACGCGCCGCGCGUGCUGUACCCCGCGCUGGCGCCCGACGGCUCGGCGCUCUUCGACACGGUGCCGCGCGCCGCGGAGCCCGGCUACCUGGACAAGGUGGUGGCGGUGGACGCUGACUCGGGGCACAGUGCCUGGCUGUCCUACCACGUGUUACAGGCCAGUGAUCCAGGACUUUUCAACCUGAGACUGUGCAAGCGAAGUGCAUACGGUGUGUGCUUUGAGCGACAGGGAUGUGGGUGCCACCACCUGUUGGUCGCAGUGCAAGAUGGAGGUCAGCCUCCUCUUUGAGCCACCCGUGCCACGCAGCACCUGAUCUUUGCUGAUAGCUUGUAAGAGGUUCUAUCCAACUUUUGGCCACCACUCCGCGGAGUUCAUUACCACAGGCUGAUCUGCAGUAGUGGCCUUGUCCUCAGUCUCUGCUUUGUUCCUGUUUGUUCUGGCUUUGGCUGUAUUGCCGUGCCUUCCACCCGCCUCCAACCCCACGCUUAGGGACUGCGUUCAGCCUGGUCUGUGCUCCAGGCCUGUGCCUGUGUUUCUCACUAAUUCCUGAAAAGGAACUUAGCCUUAUUCCUACAAUCUGCAUCACCUUCCUCAAAGAGUCGGUUUAUAUUCUUCAAUAUAAUGCCCACAGAUGCUCAACCACAAGCUCUUCUAUACAAUACAGGUUCUUGGCUUGAAAGUGACAGUAAUGACAUUCCAAACAUUACCUCUUACUCAAUGAACUUUCAGCAGGUGCAUUUCUUUACAUCUUUCCUCCAUAAAUAUAAUUAAUUCUCAAUUAACUUACAGUUAAAAGGUAUAGAGAUAAAAUGUGUCUUUAUUUCAUUGUUUUUUACAGUAUGAAUUUUUUUUCUGGAGACAGAGAAUAGGCCUGGGAAGUCAUUUGUAAACAACUAUUACAGUUGUUCUUUUAUGGGAAGUCUCCUUGUGAAAAAGAAAAAAAAACUUUUCUUCUUGAAAUCUUUGUCAGUCCUAAAACAAGACAAUCAGAAACAUCUUUUAUGCAGUAGUAUCUCACUGUCAUUGAGAUAUCUAUCUUCAAUUAAAUGCUACUAUAUACAGUUAAAAGAUUUACUGCCUUUCAGUGCAAUCCAUCCCAAAAUAUAUUAUAUACAAUAUAUAAUAAACAUUAAACAUUAGCCUGUA